AUGCCGUCGGAAAGGGGUCGCAACCACAUGAAUCUUCCUUGGAUUCUAAAACUCGGAUAUCUAUUUUAUCUUUUAACUCUUGCCUACGCUGCUCCUACCUCCGACCUUGCACCAGCGCUCUCCCCCCGGCCUGAUACCGAAACAGACCUGCUUUAUGCACUCGACCAAGAUGAAGGGAAUCCUCUCGUUAAGCGAAGGUUGAAUCGUUAUGCGACUGGAUGGCCUAUAGGCCGGGACUUACAUCGCAAUAAGAUUUAUGCAUUUGGUCCAAGCAUAAAUAGUUUACCAAGAGGCAUAGUCACAGUUGGCGGGAGAAUAAAUGGUGGAAGCACAGGGGAAAUUCAUCUGGCCUCACUAUUGACAUUCAACCAGCCGCGGGAAGUACGCCAGAAUACGGAAAGCCGAAAAUGGGGUGGGAAACCCGUUGGAGAUGAACAAGCCCAGAACAAUCUCGUCGCAAAACUCUCGGAAUUGUCUCAGACAUACAGAGCGGCACGGAUAACGGAAAGUCUCGAAGCGAGGAAUAUCGUACCCCGUGUGUACACGGCUCUCAAGGUUCCUCCAAACUGCGACAACGGCGUGCCGUACUGGUCACUCGUUGUUAUGGAGAGAAUGGAUGAAGAUGCAGCACACGCCUUGAGGGACUACAGCAAGGGACGAGCGUCGCGUGGUUUCAAUCGUCUCAGCUUAAUGAAACAAUUCGUGGGGGGGUUGGACUAUGCCCACGACCUAGGGAUUGCCCAUGACGAUCCCCAUCUUAAUAAUCUGAUGAGGCAUGCUGGAAGUAACCGGUGGAAGAUCAUUGAUUGGGAUUUUGCCACUGAUUACGGCCGGAAACCAGGUAAGGUCCGAAUCACUUCCUAUACGCGAACAUAA